UCCACAAGCAGAAAGCUGAUAUGCAAGUGCCUUGAAUAAUCAUUAGAGAUGACUGACUUCAAGAUCCUGUAUCCCACUCAGUGAAUUUUCUCAAUUUUAAGGUCACUAUGGCAUCCAAAUCCAUCAUGAUGGCCCCCAUUUGUCUAGUGAAAAACUGGAAAGAACAGCUGAUGGUGGACCUGAAAGCAUUACAGAUUCUUGACAAGAUUUCUCAGCCUGUGGUGGUGGUGGCCAUUGCAGGGCUGUAUCGUACAGGAAAAUCCUACCUCAUGAACCACCUGGCAGGACAGAACCAUGAGUCUGUGCCCUUAGUGCCAAAACCAAGCUCACGAGCUGGUUCUAAGUGUAAUAUUAAAGAAACCACACUCCCCACUGCUCCUCGUAUACUGGUAAAUUUGGUAGAGCAUAACCUUUCCAACUCUGAUAAUGAGUCACCAGACAAUCAACUUAGCGCUUCAGAUCAAGAAGAUCUUGAAGAGGCUGCUGCUCAUUAUCAUGAUGAUGAUGAUUAUUCUGUAUUGACUGUAAGUCAAAAACUUAAAUUAAACAAAGGUCAUAAAAAACAUGUUACAGUCUUUAAAGGAGCAAUGAAGCAGGCUCAAAAGGAGGACGAUUUUUCUUAUUCUCCUGUGUCUUAUGAGGAAGAUGAGCCUAGAUGGGAGCCAUUACCCUACAAGCAAGGCAAGAAUCCCAAAAUCCAAAACUCCAACAUGCCUAGAGAGUGUAUCAGGCAUUUCUUUCCAAAACGGAAGUGCUUUGUCUUUGACCGGCCUGUAAGGGACAAAAACCAGUUAAUUCAUAUAGGAGAAGUGCCAGAAAACCAACUGGAGACGAAUUAUUACGAAUCAGAAAAUUUUUGUUCCUAUAUCUUCACCCAUGCAAAGACCAAGACCCUGAGAGAAGGAAUCAUUGUCACUGGAAAUCGGCUGGGGACUCUAGUGGUGACCUACGUGGAUGCCAUCAACAGUAGAGCAGUGCCUUGUUUGGAGAACGCAGUGACAACUCUGGCCCAGCGUGAGAACGCAGUGGCCGUGCAGAAGGCAGCCGACCACUACAGCGAGCAGAUGGCCCAGCGCAUGUGUCUCCCCACAGACACGCUGCAGGAGCUGCUGGACGUGCACGCGGCCUGUGAGAGGGAGGCCCUCGCAGUCUUCAUGGAGCGCUCCUUCAAGGAUAAUACAGGGGAGUUCCAGAAAAAGCUUGUGGACACCAUAGAGAAAAAGAAGGAAGAUUUCUCACUGCAGAAUGAAGAGGCAUCUGUCAAAUAUUGCCAGGCUGAGCUUAAGCAGCUAUCAGAGCCCCUGAUGGAAAGUAUUUCAAAAGGAAAUUUCUCUGUUCCUCGAGGCCACAAUCUCUACUUAGAAGCAAAGAAAAAUAUUGAAAGGGGCUAUAAGCUAGUGCCCAGAAAAGGAGUUAAGGCAAAUGAAGUCCUCCAGAACUUCCUGCAGUCUCAGGUAGCUACAGAGACAUCCAUCCUGCAAUCAGACAAAGCCCUCACUGAUGGAGAGAAGGCCACAGCAGCCGAGUGGGCCAAGAAGGAGGCAGCUGAGAAGGAGCAGGAGCUGCUUAGACAGAAACAGAAAGAGCAGCAGCAAAUGAUGGAGGCUCAAGAGAGAAGCUUCCAGGAGAACAUGGCCCAACUGGAGGAGAAGAUGGAGCGGGAAAGGGAAAACCUUCUGAGAGAGCAGGAAAGGAUGCUGGAGCACAAGCUGAAGGUCCAAGAAGAACUGCUUACUGAAGGAUUUAAAAAGAAAUCCGAGGAGUUAAAUAAAGAGAUAAACCAACUAAAACAAAAGAUUGAAUCAACUAAAGAACCCUGUGUGGUUUCAAAUGUCCUCGAUAUGGUUGGUAACCUUAUCACUACAGUACUGCCUGCGGCUGCUAAGCUAGUGUGUAAAGGUCUGAAAUGUCUCAGCUCAAUGUUAAAUAGGCUGAGAAUUCCUGGUAAGGAAAUUGCAAAAUAAGGAGUUGUUUGUUUUAAUGGUUUAACACUGUGACUCAUGUUUAAAGUAUAUG